AUGGCAAUGGCAUCUUCUCUCCCAAACAACCCUUUUGUGAGACAGGCCUGUUUACCAACUUUCAACUUUAAUGAUCAAGCAAAAGACAAGAGCAUUCCAAUUCAAUUUCAAAUGCCCAGGAAGAAUACAAAUGGAGACAUUAGCAAGCUCGAAAUGAAACAGACUGAAGACCUCCUCGCUUCAGAGAUGAACCGAUUGUCAGUACAAGAGCGAGCAAAGGCGUUUGAUGAUUUACAUUGUGUCGGAGAAGAACUCCGUGAGACGCCUGAAAUGAUUCAGAAAUCGCUUGCGGAAUUCGAAGAGGCAGUACAGAAGGAACGGAACUCUGUCUAUGAGAUGGCCAUAAACCAGAACAGAGCAUAUGUGGAAGACCCAAAGUUUCGAUUGAAGUUUUUGAGGGCCAAGCUCUACGAUAUUCGCAAAUCUGUCAGGCAGAUGAUGAGUUUUCUUGAGCAAAAAGCAAAAUACUUUGGUGAUGACAAGGUUGCUCAAGAGAUUGGUAUGUCAGAUUUAACAGAAGAAGAUGUGCAAUUGAUGCUAUCGGGCCUAUUUCAUAUCCAAGACGGAAGAGAUCGAAAGGGAAGAGUCAUCCUGCACAUGUUUAGCAAAAAGCUCGGCAAGUGCAAGGCUGAAACUUUUAUACGCGUUUGCUAUUACAUGUGGUGGAAUAUCAUGAUCGCUCUCCCGGAGGUCGAGAGCAAGGGACUGGUGACCAUCUAUCAUGAUGAUGCAAGAUCCGGGGACGAGUUCAAAAUGCCUGGACUGAGCUUCAUUUUGAACGCACAAUGCUUAUCAAGAUCGUUGCCGAUUCGGUAUUCGGCAAUGCAUUACUGCCUACAGACCACAACAGGGAAUCUGGGUCUCAACAACACACUUCUUAGUCUAUUGAUGAGCGGCUUACCGCAGUAUGCUCGUGUCAGAACUCGUAUUCAUUAUGGAUCAUAUAUGGAACUUCAGUACAGACUUCAGAGCCAUGGAAUUCCAAUCAGUACACUUCCAGUGGACUUUCAUGGGAAGAUACGUGUAGAUAUACUAAAUCUAUGGUUCGAGAAGCACCUGAAAGAAAGCAAUCAAAAGGCAGAAGAAUGCAAGGCUAGGUAUACUACGCCGAAUUCGAUUCAGAAUGUGGAUACCGAUUUCAAUCGCUUGACUCCGCCACUUGCCGACAGGAAUGCAAAUGAUACAAGAGAAAGAUCAAUGGAAGAUGUGCAGUUUGCCGAUCAACUACGGCCAUUCAUUGGAGUCGCUGGAGGUGCGGCAUCGUCCAGGGAAGGAGUGAUAAUUCAUCCAUCCGAAACAGACGUUCUGUUUGGCAAAGGGUAUCGCUUACAGUUGCAUUCAGGCAAUAUCCGCUUUCGAGAGUUCCUAGAGCAACACAAAGACAGCUAUGAACAUACUCCGCGGCACAGAAAACCUGCGUUUUCGGACAACCUGAUUCAAAUCCUUAUUGCGGAUGGAAUCCGAUUCCUUCAGCGAAACACAUCCGACAUGUGGGUUGAGACCGACUCAGCAGUUGUGAAAAGAAAGGUGAGCCAGUAUUACCGUGACUUUCGAAAGAAAGAACUGAAAGAGCGAUCGAAACGCCCGAGAUGA